CUCACGCACCACCAUGGCCAACGAACUCUACCACUACUCCGUCGUCUCCUCCCUCAUGGAAGGCAUCGGCGAAUCCGGCAUCCCGUACAAGCUCCUCAUCCAACACGGCGACCACGGCCUCGGCACGUUCCGCCGCAUGGCCGGCGAAAUGAUUUGCCUCGACGGCAACGUCUACCAGAUGAAGUCCGACGGCUCCAUCGUCGCCAUCGACUCCUCCGCCGGCACUGAUGUCGCCCCGUUCGCCAUGGUCACGCGCUUUCGCCCAACCCUGACCACACCUGUCCUCUUCAGCAACAAACAGGACCUCUCAGACGCCAUGACGAAGCUCUUCCCCAGGACGAAGAACCGCUACCUUGCUUUUCGCGUAGAUGGCUUGUUUUCCAAGAUUGCAGUGCGAACGGCCGACGGCCAGAGGUACAAGCACGAGAAGCUCAGAGAACUGCACAAGCGGCAGACGACGUACGAGUUCACCAACAUCCGCGGAAGCCUCAUCGGCUUCAGGUCCCCCGAGUUUCUGCAGGGCGUCAGCGUCGCGGGCGAUCAUCUGCACUUCAUCUCUGACGAGCGGGACCGUGGCGGGCAUGUGCUGGAUUGCGUGUCAGACGGCGAGGUGCAGUUUUCGGGGGCCGUCAUGAGUACCAUUCACUUACAGCUGCCGGAGGACGAUGAGUACAAUGAUGCAGAGCUCAAGUUGGACUCGGAUGGCAUACGCGUGGUGGAGGGAUGA